AUGCAUUCCCCUUUUGAGGCGGUCCAUGGCCACGAUCGAACUUUCGUUCGAAGAAUGACGCCAGCAGAGUAUGGACAAGAGUUAGAGGAAGAGGAGAAGGAGCUGCGUGGUGAGGUCUGUAAGCAAGAGUGUGCUGUGGGAAGUGAUUGUCUUGAUAAACGAAAACCAAGACAGUACGAGCUCCGGCGUGCAGCCUUGACCUCGCGCGAUCCGCUGGUAACCUUCUCGUCCACAUUCCCCAUGUAUGAUCGUCUCGGUAGGGAGUUGUGCGUUAUGUAUCAAAUACACGACUGGGAUAUCCAUCAGGAACGUGACCGCCUGCAGCAGAAUGGCGAGGAGAAGCAGUGCCGUCGCUCCGGUGUGCGGCUCAGCAAUGAGUUGUGCGUUGAUUCAUUGCCAUCUCGUUUAUUAUCUGCUCCAGGUAAAGAAGACUUCUCGAUAACUGAUGACACUGGAGCAGCACCAAAGGGAAGGGGAGAAGACGAGAUAGAUGUUUCAGUUUCUGCUAUGAGCAAGUACUCAUCGUACUUACGCACACAUUCCGUCUCGGCACGCCCGUCGGAUUUUUCUAUUUACCGCGACAGUAUUAAGGCAUCUGCUCUGUUGGAAACUGUGAAGGACAUCAACAAUGAUUGUGGCAUUCGUAAGAUCGGAAGCCCAGUGCCGCCUCUAUACACAGCAGUUGCACCUAAUUUCGUCAUGGAGGCGGUAACUACAUCAGGGCCUACAAAGGAUGACGACGUGAUGCUGUUUGAUCCCUACCGCAGGGAGGGCGUAUCCUUGAGCCAGCACAAAUCCCAUGACAAGGAAAAUAGUCUUGCUGAUUUAAGACCAGCUUUGAGAUCUACCGAGACCGAGACGGCUCGAUGGCCACACAUGGCUAGGCUACGUGAGGAGGUGCCCCUGCAGGCUCGCCCUGCAGCGGGUACUAAGCGUGCUCGCAGUACGUCGCGGUUAGGCCGAAUUUCCUACGUUGAGGGGGCCUCGGAACGGAAGGACACCCAACCGGCGGCGGCAAUUAUUCUGCAGCGCCGCCCCGCCUCAUCAACUCCACCACCGCGCAUCACUACCAUACUCCACCCUGCGGUACAGCGGCUUCACGAGGACCACCCUGCAGGGGACAUCGCGACGGUCAUCGCCCCAGGUUAUGAUCCGAUUCGUUUGACAACAGUCCGUGAUUCGGUAGUUCCGCGCAUUACGACGCAGCUAUUUCGCCCAACCUGUGGUGGCACACAGGCUGGGCGAUACACCACGACCCUUGCACACACGCACUUGAUUUCAAGCACAACCUACGGGCUACAGGCUUCGGUGAUCGCCGCCCGCAAAGUGCACACCACUAUUGAGGACAAUUACCAAAGCUGUACCGCUUCGUAUCACUCUCUCCAAAGCUUUCCAGACACCCUGACUCCGGAGUUGCGAUGUGGGCUAGUGAUUCAAUUGGGUCAUCGCUGGUUUCGAUUGCUCUCUUUGUUUGUUGUGGCAGAGGUCUAUGAGAUUGUGGAGGUGUACCCUCCACGGCCAAAAUGUGAAACCGGUGUGUCGGGUCUGCACUCCCCACCGCCACCGUCGUUUCUUGACGAACAAGCUGCCGCUUCUGGGAAAACGCUUCCUGCCAGCGUUAUCCCUUCGGAGGCUGACAUGGAUCGACCCCGUCGCGAGGGGGACCUUGAGCAGGAAAGAGGGGAACCCAAACCGGUGAUAGAAAAGGAAUACGCACAGGAAAAGUAUCCCCAGAGGUUCAAUGCUUCCGAUAUGGUGUGUGUUCCUAUUCAUUCCGACGGCCCACAAACCCUUCUUUACCGUUGGCGUACCAACUAUCUUCCUUUUAAGGGCAAAGAAAGUCGACGCGCAGCGUUGGGACUUGCACUUGCUGCGCCAGGGGUUACCAUCGAUGGGUUUGACUUCGCAGAUGGUGGGCUUACGUUAGUGACAAUUUCCCAAGGCAACCGCGCGGUCUCGAUGAGCAGCUUACCUCUUUCCACAGCCUCCUACGUAACCUUGCUGAAGACCGUGCUGAGGUUACUAUCUUUUAUGGUGGCACGCCGUAUUAUUCACGGCAACAUGACCUCCCUCGGAGAGCUACUGUUGGUCCACCCAGUAGGGACAACUGGGGCACCCAGGGAGGAUGUGUUGGGUGCUAACAACCUAACCACACUUCCGGUAGUGGUACCUAUUCAUUGGGAGCGAUCUCUAGAUUUUAGCAUGUUUAUGGACCGCAACGCCGGUCGAACCAUUCCUUAUGAUACCGAGGACGGCAGCGAAAGACCUUUGCUGACGUAUGGCAAGGAUUUAGCAUCAGUUUUGAACUGCUUUUUCGAUCACGAACUGUCCAAGGAACUCAAUUCCGAGCAGUAUGCUCUCUUGCAGCGUCUUAUUAUUAUGACUGGGGAGCCUACUCAGGUUGCCAAUUUCCUUGUUCAGAUAAAGAAUAUAAUGAGCACACUCCCUACAGAUCUAGUUGCGCUUCAGCAAGCACACAAAGCGGCGGUAUCGUUUUACGGUGGAGAUGCGUAG